UGAUCUUUUAAACUGGUUUAUACUUAAGUAUUUUAUAUAAAAUGCUGGAAGUUUGUGUAGAUAGUUUGGAGUCAGCACUGAAUGCUGUACACGGCGGUGCUGAAGAGUUAGAAGUUUGCAGCUCCCUUACAGAAGGAGGUCUUACACCUUCGGUAGGAUUGGUGAAGGAGAUUUUAGAUGUGGUAAAUAAAGUUGGCACUGGUCGUGUUUACAAAACUUGUCCUGAAUCCUGCAGCUGCCUCAAGUUAGUAAAGAAACCCAAAGUGAACGUAAUGAUCCGAUGUCGGACCGGCUCGGACUUCUGCUACAGCGAGCAAGAAAUGGAUACCAUGUUGGCCGACGUGGAUGUUUUCAAGCAAAUAUCCGUUGACAGAUUUGUUUUCGGCGCCCUAACAAACACUCAGGACAUCGACGUUGUUAAUAACGCCAAAGUUGUAGCUAGCGCUAAACCCACACUUGUAACGUUUCACAGGGCAUAUGACGUUUGCAAGGAUCCGCUGAAAGCGGUGGAAAAAAUAAUUGAUCUCGGCUUCAACAGACUUUUAACUAGCGGACAAAGAAGCUCGGCGGGGGAAAUUGAAGCCAUCGAAUUAAUUACAUCCAUAAUCGCUUCUUUCGCAGACAAAAUCCAGGUAAUGCCGGGUGCUGGAGUGACUGUCAGUAACGCGAAAACUUUCAUUGAUCUCGGAUGCAAAAUAGUCCACAGCUCUUGCAAAACAGUCCGUGUUUUGCCAAAGAUUGAGAAUAAUUUAAGCAUGGGCACGAGUGACAGUGAAUGUAUUUACAUAACAGAUGAAAAUGUUGUAAGAAAAAUGAAGGAUGUUCUGAAUUCUUAGAUAUUAUUUUACCGUAUUUAAUUUGUAACAUUCUAUUUCUAGAAUAGGUAUUAAGUAUAUUAUAAAUACUUACUCUUAGUUACUCAUAUUUUAUUUAUACACCAAUGUUUAAUAGGUAUGUAAGUUUCCUAUUCUUCGAAAGCAGCUGAGCUUAACGUAAAAAAUAUCGAUGUUUGCAACCAAACAAUAAUCCGGAAACGAAAUCCGGAUUCCGAAUUCUUGCCAUUCUUUGCAAAAACAUUGGCCAUUCGGGACGGACCGCAAAAACUAAUCCAACAAAAUCAAAUUUAACUUGCACAAAACGGGAGCUCCGAACAUCUGCGACGUUGUGUAAGGUCGCGCCUCAGGGAACAUCAAUAAAUAUUGUGGCUCAUUUAUCAUGGAGGCAUAUUCUGCGAAAAAUGGAGCCCUAACGAUGCUAUUACCGUUUGGAACAAUACCUGAAAGCCUGAACGACUAAUAAUGACUCUAUUAGUGUAAUUGCUGAGUGGUGUGUUGUAUUAAUGAGAGACUUGAUAGCAAAUCUGAUAAUAAAGGUAUAUCUAUAGAUGAUGUGCUGUUUAUUAAAUUCUCUUCGUUAAAACUUAUUAGACACACCUAACAUAUUUUAGAACGUGGUGAAU